AACUAUUCUUUUUGUACAGCGAAGGCGCGUAGAAGGAAGGCGACUCCUCAGCGUCACCGGCCUUGCCUUGUGGUGGUGGUAGAUCGUCGAUCAACCGACCGACCGGAACCAACAACCUUCCGACUCACCGCGGUGUAGCGGUAGAUUCUCAUUCUCCAAUUAAGAGAAAGAUGCUGGAAAACCCUACACCUGCUCCUGCUCCGGCAGCUCUUCCUAUUCCUGCUGAUUCUAGCGCUACCGUCAAGCGCUAUGCUCCUCCCAAUCAGAGGAAUCGUUCAAUUAACCGGAGAAAAUCUGGAGACCGAUUAGAUCGAAGUAACAGUCUUUUUGCAAAUGAUGCAGAGAAGAAUCAACAUGUUCCUUCAAGAACUGCUUCUGGUCUAGAUCAUUUUGAUGUAGGGGGCGGCAAUCCCCUGAAUGAGAACUCUCGUCCAUGCUUAGUAGCUUUAGAAGGGUGUUCUCGCAGUGAGGUGGCCCAGCUUUUGAAUGAUCGUUGGGCAUUAGCAAUGCAUAAUUACAAUGAUACAUCUGUAGAUUUAUCAGAAAGACCAUUAAUGUAUUCGGGGAAUAGUGCGGCGGCAUGGGGGCACUUUAAGCUUCCUCAUCAGUUUAUGCCACAGGCAAACAGCGGCGGACCAUCAUCUGGCCCACAAAUGGAUUUCUUGAGUGAACUUCGCCGUGCAAUGCGGAGUGCCAAUGCCAAUCCCGACCACUAACUAGGCAUCUCUACUGAAGAUUGAUGAUGUAUCUUAAACUGGUGAGUAUGAGAGUCUGGAUUGCAUGUUCUAGUUGUGUUAGAACCGAAAAUGUGUAACUCAUGCAAAAAAAAAACAGUGAUUUAUGUGACAGUUUACUCGGACCCAAGAUAAUCUACUUGCAUAGUCAUGUAAUUUAUGUCAUAGAGGUUUUUAAGAAUGCAAAUGUGAACAAACAAACAAUCAAAUCUCCUGUGUUGUAUUUUAUUGCAUUCAGAUUAUUACCUCUGUGUGAUAUAGUAAUACAAUAACUCAACGGGGUUUAAUUCA